UCAGUUCAUUGGUUUAAUAGUCGGUCGAACAACAACGUCGAUAGCAGCAGCGUCGACAAAGGCGGCGGAAUAGCCGCGACCGCUAUUCGUAUACUGGAUUCUAAUACAGUUCGCAUGUCCAUCACCCAACGACUCGUGCGGUCAGUCCAACGCCACUCGCUUUCUAGGCCCGUCGACCGAAGACAGGACGCCGAUUAUCAGACACACAGUUACAACUUAAUACGAUACAAAACUAUACACUAGGCAACAUUCAUUUUCAUAUGUGGAUAGGACACUUCGUGUAAAUGGCACGCGAUGCACGCAAAAGAACGGCGCGCAGUUACUGCGACAACAUAACCAUAACGCCUACAUCUGCAUCGCACCGAGCCGGCUGUCCAAAGGCCCUUUCGAAUUGACGGCGUACAACCAACAGAUUGUAAAUGAACUAAAAUAGUAUCGCUGCGUUUUGUAGAAUCUGUAUACAGACAACACUCGUAUUGAAGGAUUGGACGCUGUGAUAAUUAUUGGCCUAAUAUUUGAUUGACUGUGUGUGUGUUUGCUUUCGGUAAGGAGCAGCUGGGUCCGUUGGGUUUAAUGUGCAUACGCAGAUUUGUUCUUGCUCAGCCUGAGACUUGACUUAGACGAUUAUCCGUACGGAUAAUAUACCAUUGUGAAAUACAAUAACAAGUGCCGUAACCGUACGAAAGUGUACACAAUGAUGCCAAUGUUCAUUGUUGGAUCUCGACUGUAGCAGUAGUAAUAAUCGAAACAAAGAUCACCAUGCCCUAUUAUGCAGCGGUUCAUGUUGUCGUUUCAGAGAAACGAUAUUCUACUACGGCAUAAUCACAAAAGAAUUAUCGUAUAAUUCUUUCUAUAAUAGUUUCGCAUAUACAGUACAACCUGCAGUUUAGCUUGCAUUCUCGGAUUCUGUGAAUAAGAAAUAAAGACAGUAGUCUUCAGAAAGCCAGAGAGAAACUGAAUAUUGCUCUGAAAGUAUUGAUAUUAUGGACUGCCAGCGGUUUUCCCUGUUGCUGUGUUGUCUGUGACAGUCUGCGGUGUCUGUGACUAACUGGUGCGGCAAAUUCUAUUUUUCUAGUCAUUGGAUUACGUCAUUGACAUAUAGUGACGGCUAGCGAACAGAACGAAAGCAAUAGCUUAUUGUGAGCUGGUCUCAAAUCUUCUCGUUAUUGAACUAAAGGGGGUUUAAUGCUUUGCCGAAAGUGUUUGUGUUUUUGCACCGCGAGAUGUCUUUGCGUGCCUAACAAUGUACGCCGAAUAACCGUCGCAUAUCGGCUGGCACACAGGUUCAAAAUGCCUGCCCCCGGAGGCCCUCAGCCCCUAAUUUUCUUCAGCAGCCGAGAAAGUCUUCGCCACACCAAAAAUGCUGUCUGCAGUUCCAGCGUUUCGGGACUCGAAGCUCGAAGCAUUUGCUUCCAGCUUGGGUCCCACCAUUGCCACUUCUGAAGCGCUUGUCGAUGGUCAAAUCACAAACAAUGACAGCCUUCAGUUUGCGGCAUCAUUCCUGCAUGAGCCUGAUUAUGCAGGACACCUGCUUGACCUCAUUGGGUCGGCGUGCAAUUCGGGCUUUGACCAUCUGCCUUUGAUAGACGAAAGCGCUUUCGAUCUCGUUGGGAUUCCGGAGCUCGAAGAUAUUAAGGGUCAGUCUAAUGAAUGCGCAGACACUGACCUAGCGCCGCCCGCAUGCCAACCAUUAUUCGAUGAAAUCCCAGCCCUCGAAGAAGUUUCCGAUGAGGAGGUCAGCUGGCCCCCUUGGGCUAGUGAGUUCCCUUCGGAUGCAGUUACCCCCGUAGCACCUCUGGUCAAACUCGAACAGGAAGACGACCGUCUGACCGCCUGCUCUGAUCAGAUUUCAUCCAGUAUUCAGGUGAUUUCACCUAAAGUUGUAUUUGAAGACGAUUCCCUUCGUGUGAGUGGUUAUGAGGAGGAAGUGCAAGCUUUGUCACCAAACACCAAACGCCCGUCGGCGUAUGCCGAGAGUAGCGUGGGCUGUGCGUCACCAGCAUCGGUGUACAGUCUGGGUUAUUGUACGAGCUCAAGCAGCGGUAUUGGCGGGUCUAGCCCAUUUUCAAGUGGCUUCACAUCCGCUGACGAGAUGACGGUCCAGUCACCAAUCGAGAAGAAACGCCGCACCUCACAGGUGUCAGUCUCGUCAUUCUGCACAUCGAUCGGAGGCACUGACUCUAUAGGAUCGCCCGCCUCAUCAACGUCCGGUACAGCAUCUGAUAACGACCACAGCACGGAACAAAAAAUUCGUGUUACCAAAGCUGGAACUGGCGGCGGAAGGCGAUCGCGGUUCUCUCCGGAAGACCGCAAAGAGCGCAAAAAGGCACAAAACCGUACCGCGGCCGAAAGGUAUCGACAAAAAAGGCGUCAAGCCGAGGAGACGAUCACCGAAGAGGAACAACAGCUCAUGGAUGCUAAUGGGGAGCUGCGUACCGAGGUAACAAAACUUGAGGCUGAAGUGUCCUGUCUGAAGAGGCUCAUGCGAGAGAUGCUGCAGGCAAAAGGCAUUGAGAUUCCUGUACCUCUAUCUACGAAAAAGUCAAAGACAUCUGCAUAAUUCGGCAUUAAGCAGUACCUUGAACUACGAAUCGGCUAAUAGCUAAGACAAGUAUAUAUAUAUAUAUGUAUAUGUACAUAUAUAUAUAUGUAUAUGUACAUAUAUAUAUAUAUAUAUAUAUGCAUAUGUACAUAUAUAUAUAUACGUAUGUCAAUAUUAGCUAGUAACCGCAUCAUGCAUGCAGUUACGAUCUAUGGUUUAAUCCAUGUGACAAUAUAAAAAAAAUACUCUAUAUAUUUACAAAUGAAUGAAAUAGUCGUAACGUCAAGAGAAUGAAUUGUUUCCAUCAUCACUUCACUGGCUUACCGAAUACCACGUGUUGCAUAUAGGGAUAAAACAAAUUAACCACUGUGUAUCUACCUGUUUAUCGUCCCCUGUAUAUCAUCCAGUCAGACGCUGUGUUUGCAUUAUACGCGAAUUGCAUUAAUAACUAUUGAAUAUCAUAAUUACGUGCGUUAUGCUUUUAUCCUCCAUCACAACCGUGGUAUUUCGUCAAUAAAUGGCGCAAGACUUACUCGCGAAAUAGA